GGGCUUCUCUCCUCCUAACCGCACAGCAUCAUCACUCGGUUCACAGCAAAGACUCGUAGGCAUCAUCAUCCUCCUCCUCAUCCUCAUCACCACCAUCUCCGGGCUGAAGAGGGAUCACAUCGCAGGGAUAAAGACAUAAGAAGAGCCUGUUGUCAGUCAAGUGACUGAUCUUAACUGCUAUUUAAGUCUGUGAGGUGUAUCCUGAACACACUGAAGGUUCAGGUGGCUUCUCCUCUAAAUCUUUGACCACUUUUGCAUCUUCUGAACCUUUUUAAAAUGGAGGACGGCUACCAAAACCGGACUGCCUUCAUAAAAGGCGCCAAAGACAUUGCCAAAGAAGUCAAGCGGCAAGCAUCUAAGAAGGUCGGCCGUUCAGCGGAUCGCGUGAGUGAUCAGUACAGCAAGCGCUCCUACAACCGGUUUGAAGAGGAUGAUGAUGAUGACUACCCCACUCAGGUAAGCCAGGAUGGAGGCUAUUACCGUGGAGAUAGCCAGGCGGCCAAUGACGAUGAGGGCGGCCACAGUGACUCCACAGAGGGUCAUGAUGAGGAUGAUGAGAUCUACGAGGGUGAGUACCAAGGAAUUCCCCGGGCUGAAUCAGGCAAGGGCAGCCUGGCUGGGGGUCCGGGCUCAGUGACGGCCGGCGCUCAGCAGUUCAGAGAUAUCGGAGUGUCUGAGGCCGAGAGGAGGAAAGACCAGGAAGAGUUGGCUCAACAGUACGAGACCAUUUUACAAGAAUGUGGUCACGGGAAGUUCCAGUGGAGCCUGUACUUUGUGCUGGGGCUGGCUCUCAUGGCAGACGGUGUGGAGAUCUUCGUGGUCGGGUUCGUCCUGCCCAGCGCUGAGAAGGAUAUGUGCCUGUCUGAACCUAACAAAAGCAUGCUAGGUCUGAUUGUAUAUUUUGGGAUGAUGGUUGGGGCUUUCCUCUGGGGGGCUCUGGCUGACCGGAUAGGCCGUCGGCAGUCUCUUCUCAUCUCUCUCUCCAUCAAUAGUGUCUUCUCCUUCUUCUCCUCCUUCGUCCAGGGCUACAGCACCUUUCUGUUUUGCCGACUCCUCUCAGGUGUUGGGAUUGGUGGCUCAAUUCCCAUCGUGUUUUCCUACUAUUCUGAAUUUCUGUCCCAAGAGAAGCGUGGUGAGCACCUCAGUUGGCUCUGCAUGUUCUGGAUGAUUGGGGGAAUAUACGCAUCUGCCAUGGCCUGGGCUAUAAUCCCACAUUAUGGAUGGAGUUUCCAGAUGGGCUCGGCAUAUCAGUUCCAUAGCUGGCGUGUGUUUGUGUUAGUGUGCGCAUUUCCUUCUGUGGCGGCCAUCGCUUCCCUCAGUGCCAUGCCAGAGAGCCCACGCUUCUACUUAGAGAAUGGCAAACAUGACGAAGGCUGGAUGAUUCUGAAGCAAGUUCACGACACUAAUAUGCGAGCAAAGGGACACCCAGAGAAGGUGUUUUCUGUCACCACUAUUAAGACGGUGAAACAGAUGGAUGAGUUGGUGGACACUGGCACCGAUACUCCAGUCCUGAAACGCUACAGGCUAAAGAUUAUGAGCCUCUCCCAACAGAUUCGGAAUAACAUUGUUGCCUGCUUUAGCCCAGAAUAUAAACGGACGACUUUCAUGCUCAUGGCUGUUUGGUUUACCAUGUCUUUCAGCUAUUACGGUCUGACAGUGUGGUUCCCAGACAUGAUCAAGUACAUCCAGAAGCAGGAAUAUGAAUCACGCACAAAGACCUUCAGUAAGGAACGCGUGGAGCAUAUCACUUUUAACUUCACCCUGGAAAACCAAGUUCAUCUUGAAGGACACUAUUUUAAUGACAAGUUCCUCAACUUGAAGAUGAAGUCCAUGGUGUUUGAAGACUCAGUGUUUGAGGAGUGCUACUUUGAGGACAUCACCUCUACACACACCAUAUUCAGAAACUGCACCUUCAUUGCAAGUUUGUUCUAUAACACAGAUUUGUUCAAAUACCGGAUGGUCAGUUGUAAACUGGUCAACAGCACGUUCCUCCACAACAAGGAGGGCUGCAUGCUCGACUUCAGCGAUGACUUCAACAAUGCCUACAUGAUAUACUUUGUCAACUUUCUUGGCACGUUGGCAGUGUUACCUGGCAACAUCGUGUCUGCUCUAUUAAUGGACAAAAUUGGCCGUUUAAGGAUGCUGGCGGGAUCCAGUGUCAUAUCUUGUGUCAGCUGUUUCUUCCUGAUGUUCGGCAACAGUGAGUCGGGGAUGAUCGCCCUCUUGUGCCUGUUUGGUGGCAUCAGCAUUGCCUCGUGGAAUGCCCUGGAUGUGAUAACAGUGGAGCUCUACCCCUCUGAUAAAAGGACCACAGCGUUUGGCUUCCUGAAUGCCCUCUGUAAGCUGGCGGCCGUCCUGGGCAUCAGCAUCUUCCAGUCAUUCGUCGGAAUCACCAAGGCUGUACCCAUCUUAUUUGCCGCUGGCGCACUCGCUGCAGGUAGUUUCCUUGCAACCAAGUUGCCUGAAACACGAGGCCUAGUGUUGCAGUAAAACAAAAUGACCAGCAGUAGGCAGCAGAGCACAGCCAGAGUGUGUGUUCGACAACUAAUGAGCCCGAACAUCCCUGAGAGCUUCAGCGCUGCCCGUCACACACACCAACAGAGCUGACUGCCAUCCCCAUUGUAAGCCCAGAAUCCUUUGAAAUAUGGAUUGCAUCAUUCAAAGUCUAUACAGAGCCACAGCGAUUAAGAGAAGAGCACACAGAUGUAGAAUUAAAUACCUGUGUCAUGAUAACACAACUACACACUCCACUCCACAGGGUGAUGCAGUACAAAUUGUGGUGUGCAGUAAGGAUAACAUGAUCAUUCCUGGGAGUUUUCUCUCACUGGCCCAUAGAUAAUAUCAAACACAUUUGAGAAGACAGAGAUGUCAAAUGAAGAGACGAGACAGAAAAAAAGCCAUUUAUAGGGGAACAUGAAAAGAUUUAGUCCAUAUAUGUUGUCAGUUUUUGAAUAUGACUGUAGUGUUUUUCUUUCUCUUCUGUCUGCGGCCUCAGUGACUGGCUUUCAGUGCUGCUUUUUCAUUUGCUGCUUGUACAGUUCACUUCACAUCCAUCCAUCCAGGCUGAUGCUUGUGCUUUGAUGAUGUUGUUCUUUGAAACGAUCUCACAAUUUCAUGGUAAAUAUAUUUUCUCUAAAAAAAAAUGCACAUGACCUUUGACCACUGCCGAGUCAGACCAGUUUCUACCAAAAAAUAUGAAAACAUUCCAGUGACGCUUGAUUUAUUCAGAAACAAAAAAAGUAAUUUUCCUUGUCCCUUCAUAAAUUCAGUCUACUCCUCUAUUGACAGCCUCAAAACACAGACAGGUGAAGAUGCAUUUCACAGGAUUCUCUGUUGUAAAUGGGAUAAGUUGGAUCCAGCUCCUCAGUGUUUAGUGUUAAACUAAUGUUUUUCCCUUGCUGUUGUUGAACCAUACAGCUGUGGCGGUGUCAUG